CCGGAAGUGUACUGUAUUUUGUUGUUCAUGUUCAGUUGGUGAGUGUGUGCGGCUGCUGCUGCUGGAUACGGACAAGUACAAACCAAAACCUGCAAUAUUGGGUUUUAGGCUCGAGUCGCAACCAUGUCUCGGGGAUCCAUUGAAAUCCCUCUGCGGGACACAGAUGAGGUUAUUGAGCUCGACUUCGAUCAGCUUCCUGAAGGAGAUGAAGUCAUCAGUAUCCUCAAACAGGAGCACACACAGCUGCACAUAUGGAUCGCUCUCGCAUUGGAGUACUACAAACAAGGCAAGACAGAAGAUUUUGUCAAGUUGCUGGAGGCGGCACGCAUCGAUGGAAACCUGGAUUACAGAGACCAUGAGAAGGACCAGAUGACGUGUUUGGACACACUAGCAGCUUAUUAUGUCCAACAGGCUCGAAAAGAGAAGAACAAGGAUGCGAAGAAGGACCUCAUCAACCAGUCCACUCUUCUGUACACCAUGGCAGACAAGAUCAUCAUGUACGAUCAGAACCAUCUGCUGGGAAGAGCUUGCUUUUGUCUCCUGGAAGGAGAUAAGAUGGAUCAAGCAGAUGCUCAGUUCCAGUUCGUUCUUAACCAGUCGACAAACAACAUCCCUGCACUCCUGGGUAAGGCGUGUAUCUCCUUCAACAAAAAGGAUUACAGGGGAGCUCUAGCCUACUACAAAAAAGCUCUUCGCACAAACCCUGGCUGUCCAGCUGAGGUGAGACUAGGCAUGGGCCACUGCUUUGUCAAGCUCAACAAACUAGAGAAGGCUCGCUUGGCGUUUGGCAGAGCUCUGGAGCUCAACUCCAAAUGUGUGGGAGCACUGGUGGGUUUGGCUGUGCUGGAGCUCAACAAUAAAGAGGCCGACUCCAUCAAGAACGGCGUGCAGCUGCUUUCCAGAGCCUACACCAUUGACCCCAGCAAUCCUAUGGUGCUCAAUCACCUCGCCAAUCAUUUCUUCUUCAAAAAGGACUACAGCAAAGUGCAGCAUCUGGCUCUUCAUGCUUUUCACAACACAGAAGUGGAGGCUAUGCAAGCAGAGAGCUGCUAUCAGUUAGCUCGUUCCUUCCAUGUCCAGGAGGACUACGACCAAGCCUUCCAGUACUACUAUCAGGCCACUCAGUUUGCUUCAUCUACUUUUGUACUGCCCUUCUUUGGCCUGGGCCAGAUGUAUGUGUAUCGUAGAGACAAGGAGAAUGCUGCGCAGUGCUUUGAAAAGGUCCUGAAGGCAUAUCCCAACAAUUAUGAAACCAUGAAAAUCCUUGGGUCACUUUAUGCCACAUCGGAUGACCAGGAGAAGAGAGACAUUGCUAAAGAACAUCUGAAAAAAGUCACAGUACAAUAUUCCGACGAUGUGGAAGCCUGGAUCGAGCUGGCCCAAAUUUUGGAACAAACAGACAUUCAGGGUGCUCUUUCUGCAUAUGGCACUGCCACUCGCAUCCUUCAGGAGAAGGUCCAGGCUGAUGUUCCUCCUGAGAUCCUCAAUAAUUUGGGGGCUUUACACUUCAGAUUGGGAAACCUCGGCGAGGCCAAGAAAUACUUCCUGGCUUCUUUGGAGAGGGCAAAAGCUGAGGGCGAGCACGAUGAGCACUACUACAACGCCAUCUCUGUCACAACCUCCUAUAACCUGGCCAGACUCUAUGAAGCCAUGUGCGAGUUUCACGAGGCCGAGAAACUCUACAAGAACAUCUUGAGAGAGCAUCCCAACUAUGUGGACUGUUACUUGCGUCUUGGAGCAAUGGCACGUGACAAGGGAAAUUUCUACGAAGCUUCUGACUGGUUUAAAGAAGCCCUUCAGAUCAAUCAGGACCACCCUGACGCCUGGUCGCUGAUUGGUAACCUGCACUUGGCCAAACAGGAGUGGGGUCCCGGCCAGAAGAAGUUUGAACGCAUCCUUAAACAGCCCUCAACUCAGAACGACACCUACUCUAUGCUUGCGCUGGGAAACGUGUGGCUUCAGACGCUACACCAGCCCACUAGAGACCGAGAAAAGGAAAAGCGGCACCAGGAUCGAGCUUUGGCGAUCUACAAACAAGUUCUGAGGAAUGAUGCCAAAAAUCUGUAUGCUGCCAAUGGCAUAGGUGCUGUGUUGGCACAUAAGGGUUAUUUCCGAGAGGCACGGGAUGUCUUUGCCCAGGUCAGAGAGGCCACGGCGGAGAUCAGUGAUGUCUGGCUGAAUCUUGCACACAUCUAUGUGGAGCAGAAGCAGUACAUCAGUGCUGUGCAGAUGUAUGAAAACUGCUUGAAGAAAUUCUACAAAUAUCAGAACACAGAGGUGCUGCUGUAUCUGGCCCGAGCGCUCUUCAAAUGUGGCAAGCUGCAGGAGUGCAAACAGACUCUUCUCAGGGCUCGGCAUGUGGCUCCCAGUGACACUGUUCUGAUGUUCAAUGUGGCGCUGGUGCUGCAGAGGUUGGCCACGCUGGUGCUGAAGGAUGAGAAGAGUAAUCUGAAGGCUGUGUUGAGUGCGGUGAAGGAGCUGGAGUUGGCUCACAGGUACUUCAGCUACCUCAGUAAGGCUGGAGACAAAAUGAGAUUUGACCUUGCGCUGGCCGCGAGCGAAGCCAGGCAAUGCUCUGACUUGCUAAGCCAGGCUCAAUACCAUGUGGCCCGAGCUCGUAAACAAGAUGAGGAGGAGAAGGAGCACCGCGCCAAACAGGAGCAGGAGAGAGACCUACUGCGGCAGCAAAUGCUGAAAGAACAGGAGGAGAGGAAGAACAGAGAGGCUGAGGAGCAGAAGAAGCUGCUUGAGCAGAGAGCCCAGUAUGUGGAGAAGACCAAGAACCUGCUCAACUUCUCAGAGGGAAUGAAAGAAGCAGCAAAGGAGAAGAGGAAAGGAGGCAGUGGACGGCGCAAAAAAGGCGAUUUUGAUGACUUUGUUAAUGAUGACUCUGAUGAAGACCUACCAAUGAAGAAGAAGAAGAAGAAGAAAGUCGGGAGUGGCAGUGAAGUUGAGGAUGCAGGGGAGGAUGGAGAGAAGAAACCCCGGAAGAAGAGGAGGAGACCUGCUGGAUCAGAUGAUGAAGAAGGAAGCUCAAGGCCUAAAAAGCAGCGCAAACCGAGAGAGCGCAAGAGGAUUGAGAAGUCCAAGCCGGAGCGCAUGCCGCCAUCUCUUAAAGGGAAGAUCAAGUCCAAGGCCAUCAUUUCAUCCUCCGAUUCCUCCUCCGACGAGGAUGGCCUGAAAAUAGCAGAAGAAAGAAACCCCAGGCACAGCGGAUCGGGUUCAGACGACGACGACAACGACAACGAAGCCCACAGGAAACGCAUCGCUUCUGACAGCGAUUCCAAUGAGGAGCGGAACCAAUCAGGCAGUGAGGCCGGCAGCCCCCAGCGCUCCGGAAACUCAGACGAGGAUGAGUCUGGCAGUGAUCGGCCGGUGAAGAGGAGGAGACCGCAGCAGCAGCAAUCCGACUCUGAUCAGUCGGACAACGAGAGCAAAAAGAGCCGCUCCGAAGGGUCUGACGAUGAAUCCCAGGCUGGAUCUCCAGCCGCCGCGUCAGAUCGUGGCUCAGAGAACGAGGGCUCUCCGCAGAGGUCCGAGAACGACUCUGAGCCCGAGGGGUCCAACAAUGAAGCCUCCAACAGAGGAUCUGAUGAUGACAGUGACUGAAUUUACUGACCGUUCGGUCUGUUGGGGAAAAAGAAAAGCCUUUUGUUCUUGUAAUGUUCAGAUCAUAGCGUACGUAGUUAUGUCAUCCAGAAUAAUGUUUCUCUGAUUUUAGUUUUUUUUUGUUUGUUUUUUUCAAAAAAAAAAAAAAAAAUGAGAACGUGUUUUCUGUUCAGUCUUUUGAGUAAGAAAUGUUCAAAACCCCUUUAACAGACAUUUUUGAUGAGCAUUACAGAAAAAUAUUGUGCUCUAUAGUCUGAAGGGACAAUCACACGCUGUGAUUCAGAGUUGGUGUACAAUAUGAAAUACCUUUGAAUAAAAAGUAUUUUGAAAAAUAGUAUUUUGAAGUAUUUUGUAGUUUAAUUAUUUGUUUUUUUUUAUUAUUGGCUUGUCUUCAAUCUUUGAAAUUCAAAAAUGGUUGUUAAAUUUCACUGGUAUCUAAAAUUUUGGGUGUCAUAACCUUAUUUAUCACUAUAUAAGUAUACAUGGGUCAAAAACAAUAACUGUUUUAUUUAUUUUUUAUGAUAUUUUUUUUUUUUUUUUUUUGAUGUGGCCAGUGAAAAUUGAAUCACUGAAUCGAAUUGGAAACGUGCAAAACACUGGAUUUAAAUAAAAACAGGUUUUGGCCGACUUAAGGCCGGUUCAGACCAAGAACGAUAACUAUAUUUGCGUUCACACCAACGAACGAUAACGAUCUGUUUAUUCUAAGCUCACGCGCUGCGGUUUCAAAGCGUGUACAACAUGUUUUUGCUGUUCUUGUUGCAUUUACAGGGCUUUAACCAGCAGAUGUCCUCAGCAUGCUAUGUUUCGAGUGAAUAGCUAGUGUAAUCGAUCUAAUCUAACAGUGAAUAUGUAUAGUGGAAUAAAAACAACCUAGUCUUUUCCACUGCAACUUCAAAGGAAACAAGACAAUGUCGUCGAAAUGAGCGCUGGAUACCUGAGGUAAUUUUACGUUACUCUGUUUGCUAGCCUAGCAUAAUGAUCUAAUGGUUAAUAUUUCUCACCGUUUAUUCUGAGGGUAUGACUGAUUGUUUUCUAUAUGUCCAUUUUCUUUAAAGUAUCCUUGAAAAGGGGGUUUGACUUGUCAAACAGUGGUGGCUUUUAGCUGGACUUCGGCGAUUUAACUUCUUGCAAUAUCGUCCGCCAUUUUAAACGCGCCCUUAAAUUAGAAUACAUUCUGAUUGGCUGUACUAGUGAGGACCAGUAAACUGUCCUCACUAUUUGGUUGUCAUAAUAUUUCACUAUAAGUGAAGACAUUUGAACUUGAAUGUACCUCAUAUUAUGACAUGGGCAAAGGAAAUGCGUUUAAAAAACGCGUUACGUUUUCGUCAACUUACAGGUUUAUGAUGUUUAUUGUAGCUAUCUGUGGGAGCUGUUUUUUUUCUGUCAUUUGGUCAAAAUCUCAAACAAGCCAUUUAAGACAGUAUUGGCUUUCACUCAAUGACAAAUACUAGACUAAUACAUUUUUCUCCGCUCCUCAAAUACAUAAAACAUUAGCUUUUAUGUUUUAUAUACAUAGUGUUUCUUGAGUAAAGAAAAAGCUGCACUUCGUGGGCAGCGCGGCACUUCAAUCACUUUAGAGGGGGGUGGAGUUAUAAGGUUUAACCGACAGUUUAAAGAGCCAAUGGAGUUACGAGGUUUAGCCAUAAGCUCUUUUUAAUACUUUUUAUUGGUUAAAUAUUUGCAAAACCCACAGACAGACGUAAUGGGUGACCAGUAGUGAUUAAUGAAAAUAAAUAAAAUAAAAAUGACGAAUUAUGGCGAUAUUUCUGCCCAACAGCGAUGAUAUUUUAAUUUUUAUUAAUUGAUAAAGUAAAUUUCUUAGAGUUUUAGCAUUAGUGUGAAAUAAUAACAAUUUAAUAUAUAUAUAUGAUUUCUACAGUUUCUCUCUCUGUAUAUAUGCUACGGUCUCGAAAACAAUAUUUAAAAUUAUUACAAUUAUUACAGUUUAAAAUAACUGCAUUGUUUUAAUAUAUGUUAAAAUGUAAUUUAUUCCUGUGAUGCAAAGCUGAAAUUUCAGCAUCAUUACUACUUCAGUGUCACAUGAUCCUUCAGAAAUCAUUCUAAUAUGCUGAUUUUGUUUAUCAUCAAUGUUAAACAGUUGUGCUGCUUAAUAUUUUGUGGAACCCAUGAUAUUUUUUUUUCAGGAUUGUUUGAUAAAUAGAAAGUUCAAAAGAACAUUAUAAAUGUCUUUAAUGUAAUUUUUUAAUCAAUUUAAUGCAUACUCGUUGAAUAAAGCAUCAUUUCUUUUUUUUUUUUUUUUAAUUGAAUAGUAGAUCUGCCAGUGUGCCUUUUUUUCUCAUACUUUAUUAGAAAAUGUUUCCAACAUGGCAUCAAUAAUACAAUAAUAGCCUACCUAUGGAAAGCAUUGCACAAUACGAAUGAGAAAGAUACAUAAGAACUACAGAAAAAACAAGAUAAAAAUUAACAUCUUUAAAAAAUUACAUAAAGCAUUAUUUAUGGGGCAUCUCAUAUACCAAAACAGUAUAUUUUGACUUGCAACCAUAACAUCAUAAUUCCUUUCCGAUUAGAGAUUCUAACUGAUUAGAUUCUAUUGUUUUUUUGAUCAUUCCUGAAUAAAGAAACAUUUGUGAAUCACUGCGCAAGUAUACAUUAUCGAAUCACACAAGUAGUGACAGAAGGAAUUAAACGCUGAGCUCAGUGUUCGGUGUUUUUGAACUUGAGCAAAAAAAACAGGAACUGAACAUUGAGGCCUGUAAGCCAGUAUAGUGUUAUAAAUGUGAUCGAGGUUAAAAUUUUGUCCUUAAAACAUUCAAUUCAGCAUUUUUCAUUUCUAAGUCACCGAUUAAUUUUUAACUGGAGGUUGAUGACAAAAGUUCAUUGUUCCACAUAUUCAUGCCCAAGCACACAUUACAAUAAGGCCAAAUAAAUGCUGGUGUGUAACUUUAUUGAAAGCAACAGUGGUACAUUGAACAUUCGGAGCUCUUGCACCUUACAGUAACACUUUAAAUAGCAACUCAUUGUACAGAUGCCACAUGAGUGGGUCACCAUUUGUUGUCCUACCUAAUGAUAAAGCUUCAACUCCCCCCCCCAUGAUUAAAUAAAUAUGUAUAAUAUCCAUAAUACACAUCAUGGGAAAAUCAUUGUUAGGUUGUAAGACAGUGAUCUGUAAAUUGAACAUCCAUACCAAAUUUCUCAUCUCAUCUUUAUUUUACCAAUUAAAAUGCAUUAAAAAAAAAAAUUACACAUUUCUGUUUGGAUCAAAUUGUUGCAUCUAAACAGGCUGUGUUUGGUAAUCCCUGAACAUGCUGUAAAGAAAAAAAAAAAAAAAAAAAAAAAAAAUUCAAGUAUCAGCUUGACAAGUAGUGGAGGGGACGAACAUGGGUUGAAAUAAAAGGCCGCAUAAUUUCAUCUCUCCCACAUGGCUUUGUUCAUUAUGAGAAUUAGGAGGGAAGGGGAAAGAAAAAAAAAAAAAAAAAAAAAAACCAAAAAAAACAACCAAAA